CUGUGCGACGCGGCGGCGAGGUUCGAGGCGGACGUGCUCGUCGUGGGGAGCAAGGGGACGACGGGUUUGAGACGCGCGGUGUAUCCCAGCGUGAGUACGCACUGCGUGGAGAACGCGUCGUGUCCGGUGCUGGUGUACCGCGAGCGCGUGGAUCCGGCGGACGCGAGCCCGCGAUCACCG